AUGGCGUCGGUUACAGCUGCUCUGGCCAAACGGGGUUACAACAGCGAGUUGCUCACCCCCAGACUCGCGAGCCAGGCCUUCGCGGAUAAGUGCUCAGGAAAGGUGUUCCUCUUCACCAAGGGAGACGAACAGCCGGGCGAUGGCUGGGUCAAUCAGAACGACAACACUUGGGUGGGGUGGGAGUUUCCCGCCCUUACGCGGAAUCAAGCCGUGACGGAAAUCAUACACAUAGAUCCAAGGCCUGGCAAAGACCAUACUCCGCUGGUGAUUUGGACCCAAGGGAAUCCGCCUGUCAUUCCAGAACCCAGGGGUGCUGAUCCGUCCGUUCGGAACAGGACAGGUGAUCGGCCUCCUGGAAACCUUUGA